AUGGCUCGGGGCAAGCAAACCCGGGCAAACUCGGGCAAGUUAAGACCCUCCCUCAUUGUCAGAGUCGCGAUCAGGAGAAUAGGUCCUGCGCGGUCAUCCGCUCCGAGACGUCUGGCCCUGGCCCCGUCUCAUUUUUGCCCCUGGUGUUGGGUCCAUGACUCAGCUCGCCUGGUAUGCCGUGUUGUAGCGCAUUUUUAAUCGUUUAAAUAUCAUUGGUGCGCCACUGCCAACAGUGGACGAAGCAUGA